AUGGAAUAUACGUUGCAAGAUGCUUUCGAAAAUUUGAAAGAUGUGGAGAUGGAACGACAGAAAGAAAUAGAAGACUUGGAGAAUGUAGUUACGAACAAUAAGAUAUGCAGUUUGAAUAAUAGUUGCAAUUCAAAAGAUAUACAAAAGAAGCAACAUGUAUUGUGCAAAUGUCUGUUAGAUAACAUUCUUCAGGAAAAACCAAAGGAUUUUCCUUUUCCUAAAACGUCCGAUUUACACGUUGAAGUUUUAGCAGAACUUGAAAGAGAAGUACAAAAUAUUCAAAAACUAUAUGAUAAUAUGCAGAUAGAACUUUCGAAUAUUAAAGAUGACAUAACCUAUCUGAAAAAUAAAAAAAUGGGUUUUGAAAAAAUGAAAGAAGCUUGCUUGAGUGCUGCUCAAUUAACAACUGAUAGAACCCACGAUAAAGAAUACCGUUUAACAAAACGCAUAUUUCGUGCUACAAAAAAUGAUUUGCAUAUGGUAGUGGAUAGCUUGUUCCCAGGAAAUCAAGAUGUCAAAGACUUUUUGGCAAAGUUAACAUCCUCAUACACAAAAGGUGGUGACAACAUGUAUGUACAAGUUAAUCCAAAUGUUCUAGAGUUUGUGAACUUUUUGAUUGAAGCUGACAUAAUUAUGUAUCAUAGAAAUGAUAAAAGUAAAGUUAGACUAAUGGAUAUGUUAUAG